AUGGGCUUCACUCAGAAACUCUCCGAGACAUUCGACUUCGACGAAUCUGAAUACGCUCGCAGGAUAUCAAACGAAAACGAAUAUCCGACCUUGAAGCUGAAGACGCACGAAGUCGCCAAAUGCCGACAACACGUCUCUGCUGGUGCCAGCAUUGGGGGUGGAAUAGGCGCUGCACCCUUCACGCUUGGACUGAGUCUACUGGGAUCAGCUUACGGCGCCAGGCGUCUAUACAUCGCUGAAAAGAAGCUCGAGAUUAUCCGAGAAGAGCUCGUCCGCCGCGAUGUCAGCCUGCACAAAUUCAGUAAACGUGACUUUUUCAUCCCAAUGGGAGUCAGUGUCGCAACCUUGGGUUUUGGUGCUGGCCUCGACGUCUUUGCAGCUCAUGCAACCAGCCAAGUCGCCACACAUGUGGUCGCUGACCACGGCUCCCGAGCCGUGUCUGACAUCGUUCAGAGCCCUGGCGGUUUUGUCCACUCGGUGGAGGCUGGCGCAAGCCUACAACUCCACGAAAUCGCUCAUGCAUUGACUGGACAUGCAACUGCAAAUCUAGACUCUUACUACAUAGUUGCAGGAGCGCCCUACACCACUGCCGUCGCUCUUGUGGGAACCGGAAUCGGCAUGUCUGCAGCACAGGUCGCCGAAAAGCAUCUGGCAGAUUGGGCAGCCGGGAGGAUAGCGUAUCGGCACGUGGAUCGACUACUGCCGAAGAGGUCGCAAGCUGUGACGACUGCCUCACCACCUGCGAACUGUCGUCGCAUACUGUCGCCGCCAUCGAGCCUGAGGUGCGAGCACUGUGCAGACCUCAUCGAUACGUCUAACGAGACAUACUAUCACUGCUGCCAAUGCGGCCCUGACCAAGCAGAUGACUAUGACACCUGUGAACAUUGCUUCACAAAACUGAACCAGUCGUGCUCCAAAAGAGACAGACACGUCCUGUUCAGGAUAAGCCCCUCGAGCGCUACGGAUGCCUGCUGCCGGAGACUUGCCGCUGACUUCACUUGCUGGAAGACUGCGACCUUGGUAUGUUCCUCUUGCAAAGGGUGUAUCAGCGAAGGUGAUUACUACCAUUGCUGUCUUUGCUCCAACGAUGACUUCGACUUAUGCAAGGGCUGCUUCACUAAAGGAGAACGCUGUUUGGAUGGCGCUCACAAGACGUUGCAGAUGAUGCCUGAGCCGCGUCGCCAUUAUAGAGAACUAACAACAACAUACGUCCCCAGCAGUUGUGCGAGAUAUGGUCGCGACCGGCAGAUACCGUUAUCAUGCAACGCGUGUGAACGAGUCUUCCAACCUGCUGAGAUGAGUUAUCUACGCAUGCCCAGAACCAUCCUGCUGACAUACGCUCAAAUGACAGACUGCUGCAGCUGCAACGAUGACUACGAUCUUUGUAUGGCUUGUGUUCUUGAGGGUUUGCGGUGCUGUAAUGCAGCUCAUGUGAUGAAGUUAUUUCCGUAA